UGCCGUACAGUAUAUAUAUAUUACUCCCUCUUUCUAUUUCAUCUCCUUUUCCUUCUUACUUUCAUUAUUAUUACAACGAAAAAUAUGUAUCACAAUAGCGGUGGCAUGGUAAUAGAAGAGCAGCAUCAACAGCCCAAAGCCGGUGUUUUGCUCGUUCGCAUAUGUGAAGCAAGAGGUAUUUCUUUACCACAAGGUGCACAGGUGCCUUCUACAACUGGACCUUUACCGGUACUUCAACGUAAUAAAAGAGAAUCAUUUCAUAGAAAGCAGAGCUGGUGGCUACCUUACGUUGUAUUAGAGUUUGAUAAGAACGAGGUCUUAAUCGACGCACUUGGCGGCGACACAUCAUGUCCAGUUUAUAAUUACAGAGCUAAUUUUGACGUAUCGCGUAAUUCUAAAGUUUCUAUUUCAAUUUAUUUACGUCAACCACCACAAUUGAACAAUAACAACGUUUUGGCCAGAGCUUCCAAUGACCAUUUUCUUGGAAAUAUCACGAUACAGCCAAACUUUUCAUCCGUCAAUUUAUUAGAGCAGAUAUACAACAUCGUUGGCGGAACAGGGGCCAUGUAUGUCCAAUUAUGCUAUACGCCAUCGCAGCUCAGUCAACAGACCAUCUCCAACGAUUCUUUUGAUCUUUUAAAAGUUAUUGGCAAAGGAAGUUUUGGAAAAGUUUAUGUGGUUCGGAAGAAGGACACAAACCGUAUUUAUGCAAUGAAAGUGUUGCGUAAGUCACAAAUCAUAUCAAGGUCUGAAGUGACUCAUACGAUGGCAGAAAAAACAGUGCUGGCCAAAGUUCGAAACCCAUUCAUUGUUCCACUAAAGUUCGCUUUUCAAAGUCCUAACAAACUCUAUUUGGUACUGGCAUUUAUUAACGGAGGCGAGUUAUUUCAUCAUCUACAAAUACAAGGCAGAUUUACCGAAGAAUUAUCUAGAUUUUAUGCAGCUGAAUUAUUUUGCGCCUUGGAGUGUUUGCAUGGAUUUAAUGUGGUUUAUCGCGACCUCAAACCAGAAAAUAUUUUGAUUGAUUAUAAUGGACAUAUAGCUCUAUGCGAUUUUGGAUUGUGUAAAUUAAAUAUGACCGAAACUGAAAGGACAAACACUUUUUGUGGCACACCAGAAUAUUUAGCACCAGAACUACUUUUAGGAAAGGGCUAUACCAAAAAUGUAGACUGGUGGACAUUGGGUGUAUUAUUAUAUGAAAUGCUAACCGGACUACCCCCGUUUUAUGAUGAGAAUACAAAUGAGAUGUAUAGAAAGAUAUUGCAACAAGAACUGAAAUUUCCAGAUGACAUGUCAGAUUCUGCCUCUAGCCUUUUGAGUGGACUUUUAAAUCGUGAUCCAAAUGCUAGACUGGGAAAUAAAGGUACGGACGAAAUAAAAAACCAUGUCUUCUUCAAAUCAAUCGAUUGGAAUAAGUUGAUGGUAAAAGCUGUACAGCCGCCAUUUAAACCUUCGGUGCAGAAUGUAUAUGAUACAACAAACUUUGAUGACGAAUUUACAUCGGAGCAACCCGUCGAGUCCAUGACUACCGCAGAAGACUCACAAAUUUCAAAGACGAUGCAGGAACAAUUUAAGGGUUUCACGUAUAAUCCUGACGGAGUUAUGACAGAUAGUUAUCAACAGAAUUCAACUAUGUCUUCCUCCCAGCAACAGCAGCCAUAUUCAAGGUGGUGAAAUUAUAAUUUCCUUGGUAAAAAUAAUAAAUAAAAAAAUAAAAAAAAAAUCUAAUUAGUCGGGACAUUUAUACAUUU